UGGGACCUUGCACAGCACAAUACCAUCAUCUUCUCAACCCCUUGCUCAGCCUGCCUCGUCUCACCCACGAUGGCCAAAGGAGGCUCGCAGCUGGCACAGCUCAAGUCGACUGUAAAGUCUUCGGGCAUCAAUGACCGUCGUCAGCAGUCCAACUCGGCGAAGAAGCGCAAGAGGGGCCACGCCUCCAAUGAGCGAGACGAGGCGGCCGCCAGACGAGAGGCUCUCGCCCGUAUCAGCUCGGACACAAAAUUCAACCCUUUCGAGGAGAGGGUGACCAAGGUCAAGCAUGAAGUCCUGGGAAGGAAAGUCAAGGGUGCUGUGGGGAGGCCAGCUCUAGCCAAGCAGGGUGGGCUGGCACAGCGAAAUGCUAUGCUUCUGCCCGAGUACCAGAACAGGAACAAGACCAGCACUUUUAUCGAUCGGAGAUUCGGAGAGACAGAUUCGAAUCUCACGCCAGAAGAAAGGGCGCUCGAGAGGUUCACAAGAGAAAAGCAAAGGCAGGCAAAGGGAAAGAAGGCAGCUCUCUUCAACCUGAAUGACGACGAUGCUGCCGGGCAGGAAGAGGAGCUUACGCACUUCGGGAGGAGCCUGAGCGGUAUGGGAAAUCUGCCCGAGCUCAGCAUGAUGGACCGAGAUGAUGGGCAAAUCGACGGCGAGACCACUGGAGCUGAGCACUUUGGUGGCUUUGAAGCUGAGCCUGCAGAUCCCGAUCGGCCAAAAUCAAAAGCUGACGUCAUGAGGGAAGUCAUGGCCAAGUCGAAGAUGCACAAGAUGGAGCGACAACAAGUUCGUGAUGCCGAUGAUGAGCUCAGGGCACAGCUGGAUGAUGAGCUGGGAGACAUUCGCGGCCUCUUGAUGGCAGGCCCUUCGAACCCCAAGAAGGGAGAAGAGGCGUCCGCGUCCUCCGCGUCUACACAGGCGCCUCAGGCGUCAGGAAGCAACUACGAUGCAUUUGUGAGGGAGCUGGCCUUUGAGCGUCGAGCCAAGCCGCAGGAUCGGCUCAAGACUGAAGGCGAGCUGGCUGAAGAGGCUGCCGAACAGCUGCGCAAGGCCGAGCAAGCUCGACUGAAGAGGAUGAGGGGAGAAGAAGUCGAUGAGGAUGGCUCAGGCGCAAGAUCAGGAGGCAAGAGGAGAGCUCCGCAGGCCGAUGAUCUUGACGAUGACCUCGACAUCGAGGGACAGACAGCGGCCGAGGUGUAUGGACUGAGCAGUGGUCUAGGGGAAGCUCAGGACGAUACGGCUGCCAUGGAGGAGGAAGAGGAAAACGAUGAAGAUGAAGAAGACGACGAGGACAGCAGCGAAGGCGAGCAAGAUCCUGCGCUAGAGCAAGAAGGAUAUGGAGAGGCCCUGCUGGACGACAGCGACGCGGAGGAUUGUAGCGAGAACGGGGAUCUGACGACAGCGUCUAGACCUUCAAAGAAACGAGCAAAGGCGACCAAGAUUGGCGCUGGACCCACCACUGCAGCAGUGCCCUUCACUUUCACCUGCCCUACUACUCAUACUCAGUUCCUCUCAAUCAUGGAGGAGCAUUCUCUCCAGCCCAGUCAAGUGCCCCUCGUCGUCAAGCGCAUCAGGGCGCUCUACCACCCAUCUCUAGCGGAGGACAACAAAUUUCGGCUGCAAGCCUUCCUAGGUGUCCUCCUCGAUCAUGUGCUGUACACGGCCGGAGAGGCAGCUACAGCUACGACGAGCGAAGAGCGUCUGUCUCACCUCGACUUGAUUGAGCAUCUCGUCAAGCCGAUCUUCGAGCUGACAACGACGUAUCCGAUCGUGUCGUCAGAACACUUUGUUCAGAAGCUGUCCUUGAUGGAGAAGAAUCUGACGAGGGGUUUGGCGAAAGGAGCGCUGCGACCCGAAGCACGGACCUGGCCUGGGGCAGCUGAGCUGACCCUACUGAGGGUAGCAGCCUUGAUCUGGCCUACUUCGGAUCAAAACCACCCUGUCGCUACCCCGCUGGCCCUGCUCUCUGCGCACUACCUUGCUCAUUGCCGGGUCCGAAGCCAAUCCGAUCUUGCAGCCGGCCUGUACCUGGUGUCUCUCGUCGCCCAUCAACAGGAGGACGCCAAGCGUUUCGUGCCCGAAGCUCUCAACUUCUUGCAGAACGCACUGAUGCUAUUGUCACCACUGGACAAGAAAGGCAAGGCGGUAGCUCGAAAGGCCUGCAUGGAUUAUGCCAUUCCCACACCCGACUUUGAAGAGGAGCACGCCAAAGCAGUCGGUCUACCGAGUGGAAAGAAGACGGCACUUCCGCAGUCUAGCAAGCCGGACCUGUUCUCGCUGCUGGCCGCAGAAGAGCCUUCAGCCGAGGCUGGCGUCGCCCUGCUCAGCGUGACUCUGGCUUUGAUCGAGGCAUUUGCCGAUAUGUACGAGGGUACCGCCGCCUACAUUGAGCUCUUUGAGCCCUCCCGCCUGGUCGUAGACUCGAUUCCUUCCUCGGCUCUUCCCUCGACUCUUGCCGAGCAGCUCAGCGCGACGUCCUCGCACCUCACAACUCGUCUUGCUGAAGCGCGGGCUACCCGUCGACCGUUGCGCCUGCACGCACACCGCGCUAUUCCCCUCGCCUCGUUCAUCCCCAAGUUCGACUCCUCUGGCGGGUCACGCUACGCCCGCUUCUCCUCUGGCUCAAACGAUCCCGAUGCAGCGCGCGCCGAGGCCUCGAAGCUCAAGGCCCUCGUCAAAAAGGAGCGUAAAGGCGCUGUACGCGAGUUGCGCAAGGACAGCCAAUUCCUUGCGGCCGAAAAGGCUCGGGAGCGCAAAGUCGAAGAAGACGAGUACAAGCGCAAGAUUGGCAAGAUUGUCAGUGGAUUGGGAGAAGAGAGGAGCGAGCAGAAGAUGCUCGAGAGGGAGAAGAGUCGACUCAAGAAGAGGGCUGCGGGUGGGAAGAAGUAGAGGAGAGUGGGAGGGAAGGGGACGCUUGGACAUUACACGCAUCCAUCAUCAAUUGUAUUCAUAUAUUACAUCGAUUCAUACACUCUUUGCCCUUAGCGUUAGGAGCUUCAUACUCUAUUGAGCACGAAGAUAUAUGUAACGUGUAUGUGUAUCAUCUCAAAGUACAGCUACAAAGUGUGGACCUUCCGUUUAUAU